GCGCAGGCCGAUUUGAAAUUUCCGCGCCGCUCUCUUUUCUCUCUCCGUGGGGAUGCCGGCGUUUCGAGGAAGCCUUUCGGGUUCCAGUCCACAAAGAAUGGCUUCUGCCGUUACCCACAACUUCAUCGACGACGACCAAUUCGACUGGGAAGCAGCUGUUAGAGAGGUUGACCAUGCUUGCCAGGCCACAGACCCAUCUCCUUCACGCCCAAUUGAUCCUCUCCAUCAAGUCCCCACUACUAACCCACCUGUACACUCUGACUCUGGCAAUUCCCACAGGAAAUCUUCGGCUUCUAGGCAAUCCACGCUCGAUAAAUUCAUUGGCAAGGCGGGCAAUAAUUAUCCGUCGGAGAAUCAAGGCAAGUUUGAGGGUAGUGGGGCUGUCAGCUGCAUUAAGAUUGAUCCCGAGGUUGCCAAGACAUGGAUUUACCCAGUAAAUGUUCCUCUGCGGGAUUAUCAACUAUCCAUAACCAGGACGGCGCUGUUUUCUAAUACAUUGGUGGCAUUGCCAACGGGACUUGGUAAAACUCUUAUUGCUGCUGUUGUGAUGUAUAAUUACUUCAGAUGGUUUCCAGAAGGGAAAAUUGUUUUUGCUGCUCCUUCUCGACCACUUGUUAUGCAACAAAUAGAAGCAUGCCAUAAUAUCGUGGGGAUAUCACAAGAAUGGACAAUUGAUAUGACAGGUCAAACUAUUCCAUCGAGAAGAGCAUGCUUGUGGAAAGCUAAACGUGUCUUUUUUGUUACUCCACAAGUACUGGAGAAAGAUAUUCAAUCUGGUAUCUGUUUGGUGGAACACCUUGUGUGUUUGGUGAUUGAUGAGGCUCAUCGAGCAUUGGGCAAUUAUUCCUACUGUGUGGCGGUCCGAGAGUUGAUGGCUGUACAUGUCCAGCUCAGAAUAUUAGCUUUAACGGCAACUCCAGGAUCAAAGCAGCAGACAAUCCAACUUAUAAUUGAUAACUUGCAAAUCUCAACACUUGAAUAUCGUAGUGAAAGUGAUCAUGACGUGAGGCCCUAUGUGCAUGACAGAAAGAUUGAACUAUUGGAAGUUGCUAUGGGCCAAGACGCUGUUGAAGUAAAUAAAUUGCUUUUGGAAGUAAUACGCCCCUUUGUUGCUAGACUAUGUGCAAUUGGAGUGCUCCAGAAUAGAGACUUCCAAACUUUAAGUCCGUGUGAUUUGCUAAACUCAAGGGAUAAAUUUCGUCAAGCACCACCUCUAGACCUUCCCACAGUGAAGCAUGGAGAAGUGGAAGGAUAUUUUGGUGUUCUGAUUACCCUUUACCAUAUACGCAAAUUACUAUCAAGCCAUGGAAUAAGGCCAGCAUAUGAGAUGCUUGAAGAGAAGUUGCAGCAAGGGUCUUUUGCACGACUUAUGAGUAGGAAUGAUGUUUUGUGCAAAGCAAAGCAUCUAAUGCAGAAAAGCUUGUCACAUGGAGCUCCUAGUCCCAAGUUGUCGAAAAUGUUAGAAGUACUGAUUGAUCAUUUCAAAAUGAAGGAUCCAAAAAACUCGAGAGUUAUCAUAUUCUCAAACUUCAGAGGAAGUGUCAGGGACAUAAUGGAUGCAUUAGCAAACAUCUCAGAGUUGGUUAAGGCUACCCAGUUUGUUGGGCAAAGCUCAGGAAAAUCAUUAAAGGGGCAAUCACAAAAAGUUCAACAGUCAGUUCUGGAGAAAUUCAGGUCUGGUGGAUACAAUGUAAUUGUUGCAACAUCAAUUGGCGAAGAAGGUCUAGAUAUAAUGGAGGUUGACCUUGUCAUUUGUUUUGAUGCUAAUAUCUCUCCUUUGCGGAUGAUUCAGCGCAUGGGAAGGACUGGAAGGAAGCAUGAUGGACGAGUGGUUGUUUUAGCUUGUGAAGGGUCAGAGUUGAAGGGUUAUAUGCGAAAGCAAGCAAGCAGCAAUACUGUCAAGAAACACAUGCGAAAUGGGGGAAUGAAUAGCUUCAAUUUUCAUUCUAGCCCAAGGAUGAUUCCCCAUAUUUUCAAACCAGAGGUUCAAUUUGUCGAGCUAUCAAUUGAGCAAUUCAUUCCCCGUGGAAGAAAAGUGAAAGAUGAUCAUCCUAUUGAGAGCAAUAUUUUCAAGGCUAGACUUACUGAUGCUGAGACUGAUUUACUUGCUAAGUACUUCCAUCCUGCCAAAAAAUGUACUUGGAGACCAUCACUCCUUGCCUUUCCUCAUUUCCAGGCAUUUCCCUCCAGAGUGCAAAAAGUAAUGCACUCAUUCAGAACAUCGAUGUUAAUUGAUGCUAUGCAAUGCUUGCAAGGCUUAUCAUAUACUAGAGACAGCAAAACCUUAUUUGCUGAGGAUGAAUCCCUAUCAAAUGUGGGCUUAGGAGUUGAAAUUGUUGAUCAGUUUGAGAAAGGCAUGAAAGAUGUACAGCAUUCUCAUGGUUCCCCUGGAGAGCAUUUACACAGGAAAGUAACAGAUUCUGAUCCAUUGCUCAUGGAGACCAUGGCAACAGAGAAGUAUUAUCUCCCAGAUUCUCGUGUCCAAAAUAAUCCCGUGCACUCCUACCUAUUUGGCUCAAAUUUUGUAUCUGUUGACUCUUCUGGAAAUGUCCUGGUUUUAUCUAUACCUCUACUUCCUUUAACAGAUCAUUUGCAUUCUAAAUGUAUGAGUGGGAGAAAUGCAAUCUUGCUAAACUGUUCAGAGCAAGAUUGUUCCGAUUCAAAGGCUUCCCAAGGAGGAUAUAAAGAAAUGAGUUCAAGGGUAAAAGAAACGUCCAACCAAACAGCUUUGCAGACAAGAUGCAAAGAAGAAAACGAGAACAUGUGGACAUCUGGUUCAUGCAACUCAGUUACCCAGCAAGAGAACAAACUGGAUGGAGUUGAGACAUCUCUUCAGACCCGUGUUUCCAAGAUGAGUUUGUCCAAUGAAGGAGAAAACAACAUUGAGGCACCUAAUGAAAACCGCACAGUUGAACUGCUAGCUGAUAAUUCAAACAAUGAAUUAAGAGAUGCUGAGCUUAGUCCUCGACUAACUAAUUUUAUCAACAGUGGUGUUGUUCCAGAGUCUCCUAUUGAUUGUGCUGGGAUACCAAAAGGUAAAAGUGAAGGCAAGUUAACAGUCCCAAUCCUUGAUUCACCUGCUAAAUCAAAUACCCAAGUGUUCCUGGAGUCUCCAAUUCCUGAGAAGAAAGAGAAGCCAAUUAUGAACGGUGGUGCAUGUGGAAGAGAUGUUUCAGCUUCUGUUGUUGUAGAAACUCAGACUCCCGUCCUCAAUGCCAAAUAUAGUGCCGUAAAAGAGAUGGUCUCUGCUUUCCAGUAAGAGGAAGCCCAAACCCCUUUGGUAAAUUCCAAAAACAACAGUUGCAGUGAAGACUGGUGCUUGAAUUCUGGAGGUAAGUCAGCAACUGUUCAACAGGAAAAGAAGUAUAAAAGGUUGCGUAAGUAUGGAGAUCACAGCAAAUCAAGGCCUCCAGAAGGCACAGAAGGAAAUAUAUACCGAAAGACAAAGUCAGCCAGUGCUCAUCCAAGGCCAGAUCCUGUCUAUGUUAAGAAUGACAGAGGAAAGAGGAAGCCAGUAAAUGACGCCAGAGCUUUCAUCGAGGAGGAGGCUGAGGUAUCUUCAGAGGUUGAGGUAUCGGAUGACGAGGAAGAGGAGCAGGAUAAUUACUCUUGUGAUAAUAGCUUUAUUGAUGACAGGAUAAAUCCCACUGCAGCAAAUACUCAAGCAGAAAACAGUAGAAGUGACAUGAUGGCAAUUUACAGGCGCUCUUUACUAAGUCAAUCACCAAUAAAGAGACUGUCUUACUGCUCCCAAGAGUUUAGUCCCGACUCUGUUGGUCCCCGAACCAGGACUGGUGAAUCAGGGAGCUUGGCAGGGACCGUAAACGAUUAUUUCAGUUCGCAUCAAACUGGCUUGGAGUUCUCUGGGAGGAGCUCACCAUUCAUUCAGUUGGAACCUGAGAGGAUCUCUUAUCAAGCCAUGCCAUCCACAAAAAAUGGUAAUGCUAUAGAAAAUGAGAACAUUUGCAGUCGGAAAAGAAAAUUGAGUUUUCCCCAAGUUAGGUCUGUCCCUGCAAUCGGCUUAGAUCAGGAAUUUCGCCAGCAGGAUCAAGGGCAACAAGUCGAAGCCAGUGGAGAUGCAUUUGAUGACGAUCAGUUCUACGAAGGGCUUGAUCUUGAUGCUGUGGAGGAACAAGCUGCAAAAUUACUUGGGUAUAACUCACAAGUUUCAGCGCCCAAAAGAGUGAUGAUCCCAGAUCCUAGGACACCACAGCUUGAUGUUCUGGGUUCUCCAUCAUUUGAUCUUGGAAUAUAACUUAUUUUUAAGGAUUAUCCUUAAAAUAUUCAGUUAAGAGAUUCGUCAAGAUUUGCAACAUGCCAUGCACAACAACAAAGCUCAUUAAGUUGAAGGUAACUUGCCUUCAGAAGAAAGUUAGUUUUGAUGAUGUAAAAGCAUGCUCUGUGCACUUGCAAAGUUGUGUACAUUAAGGAUGAUGUAUAUUUAGUACAGGGCAAUCAGUUCUCUUUUUUUGUUCAUGUAUAGGACAGGCAUCCAUCGUAUGAAUUUGAUAAACUAAAAGCCAAGAGUGCACCUUACUUGCGAAAAGUAUUCAGUGUUACUGUCGGAAUUUUUAUUUAGAAAUGAAAUCAU